AACACAAGGCGGAGAUAUUAGCAGCUGCGUAUAUGAGUCUGUUAUUACAGCCAAGUUUAGUUUCCAUUAGAGUUUCAACACUCUAGACAGCCAUAAUGAAAGCGAAGCGAUCGGAGAUGUGGAGCGCGGGUGUCCUGGUGCUGUUCACUACGUGCGUUUGCGUGAGUGUGCCGGAGGAACCGGCGGACAGAGCGGCUCCAUCUGACGGCUACUGCAGCUGGAUAACGCGGGCUCAGCCGCACGCAGCUGCGGGCAGGAUAGAAAGCUACAGCGAGUUCAGACUUCGAGUGGAAGGAGACCCGGAGCACUAUCAGCCCUCCAGCAGUUACCGAGUAACCCUGUAUGCGACCAACCCUGCAUACUUCAGAGGAUUUACACUUAUUGUACUCAAAGAAGGACACAAUGGUGACCAAGAGGAGGAUUAUGCUGGAAAUUUCCAGAUCAUCGAUGAGGAAGAUACACAGUUCAUGAUGAACUGCCCCCCUGCAGUAACAGAGAGCACCCCCCGCAGGAGGACCAGAAUACAGGUGUUCUGGACAGCGCCCCCUCCAGGCAGCGGCUGUGUACUGCUGAAGGCUAGCAUUGUUCAGAGGAAGAUCAUCUCAUUCCAGGACGAGGGGUCGCUCACAAAGCGGAUGUGUGAGAAAGAGUCCCUGUUUGGAGAGAUGACAGACAAACCCCUGCUGGAUUGCUGUGCCUGUGGAACGGCCAAAUACAGAGUCACAUUCUACGGGAACUGGUCAGAGAAACUGCACCCAAAAGAUUACCCACGGAGAGCCAAUCAUUGGUCAGCUCUCAUUGGGGCGUCCCAUUCAAAGAACUAUGUGUUAUGGGAGUACGGAGGUUAUGCCAGUGAAGGGGUCAAACAGGUCGCUGAACUGGGCUCACCGGUCAAGAUGGAGGAGGAGAUUCGUCAGAAGGGUGACGAGGUGUUGACUGUCAUUAAGAUGAAGGCGCAGUGGCCAGCCUGGCAGCCUGUCAGUGUUCGAGCUGCACCCUCAGCCGAGUUCUCAGUGGACCGCACACGUCACCUGAUGUCCUUUCUGGCCAUGAUGGGACCCUCUCCAGACUGGAACGUGGGUCUGUCGUCAGAAGACCUCUGCAACAGAGAGUGUGGGUGGGUCCAGAAGGUGGUCCAGGAUCUCAUCCCGUGGGACGUGGGGACAGACAGCGGGGUCACUUACGAGUCUCCCAACAAGCCAACAGCUCCUCAGGAGAAAAUACGACCCCUCACAAGUUUAGAUAAUCCACAAAGCCCCUUCUAUGACCCAGAGGGAGGCGCGAUCACUCCUGUCGCCAGAGUUGUCGUGGAAAGAAUCGCUCGCAAGGGUGAGCAGUGUAACAUUGUGCCUGAUAAUGUGGAUGACAUUGUGGCUGACAUUGCCCAAGAUGAGAAAGAAGAAGAUGACACUCCAGAGACCUGCAUCUACUCAAACUGGUCUCCUUGGUCAGCGUGCAGUUCGUCCACGUGUGAGAAGGGGAAGCGGAUGAGGCAGAGGAUGUUGAAGGCGCAGCUGGAUCUGAGCAUUCCAUGUCCACACACACAGGACUUUGAGCCGUGCAUGGGACCUGGAUGCAGUGAUGAGGAUGCUUCUACAUGCAUGAUGUCAGAAUGGAUCACGUGGUCGCCUUGCAGCAUGUCAUGUGGAGCAGGCGUGCAUUCUAGGAAGCGCUAUGUAAAACAGUUUCCAGACGAUGGCUUUGCUUGCACACACCCCACUGAAGAGACGGAGCCCUGCACUGUCAACGAGGACUGCUCUCCUAGCAGUUGCCUGGUUACUGAAUGGGGUGAAUGGGAUGCCUGCAGCGCCACCUGUGGGCUUGGCAUGAAACGCCGGGAGCGCAUGGUGAAAAUGCCCCCAUCUGAUGGCUCUAUUUGUGUGACUCAGGUGGUGGAGGUAGAGAAGUGUAUGAUGCCAGAAUGCCAUACAAUCCCGUGUUUACUGUCUCCGUGGUCAGACUGGAGCGAUUGCAGCGUAACGUGUGGUAAAGGCACUCGGACACGUCAGCGCAUGCUCAAAUCACCUGUAGAGCUGGGAGAAUGCAGCGAGGAGCUGGACCAGUUGGAGAAAUGCAUGCUGCCAGAGUGCCCGACGGACUGUAUGAUGUCAGAGUGGUCCGAGUGGUCAGAGUGUAAUAAGUCCUGUGGUAAGGGUCACAUGAUCCGCACACGCAUCAUAACCCUGGAGCCUCAGUUUGGAGGAGAUCCGUGCCCCGAGACCGUACAGAGAAAGAGAUGCAAGAUCAGGAAGUGUAACCAAAAUGCCAAAAGUGACGAGCGGAAAAGACACAAAGAGGACCGCAAGAAGGGGAGGAACAAACAGGGGAGGGAGGAGACCAUAGAUGAGCUCGCAGGAUGCAGAAUGAGGCCUUGGUCUGGAUGGACUGACUGCACUAAGCUGUGUGGUGGUGGAAUUCAGGAAAGGUUGAUGGCAGCCAACAAGAGAUUCACGAUCACACAACUGACCGGCUGCAAGGACCGCAAAGAGAUUCGGGCCUGCAAUGUUCAUCCCUGCUAGAGCUGCUCUUACCGGGCACAUGGGGUCUGAUACAGAUUGUGACAAACUUGCAGUAAUUGAAUGGACUCUAGUUGGUGUUGGCAAGCUUCAACAGCCAGUCUGUUAUUUUAAUUUUCUAGAAUUUGUAGUGACCCAGGCCCUGACUAGCCUGUAAACAAAACAUGAAACCAAGAGGGAGUUGCAAUGUACUGGACCAAUUCAGAUGUAUUAAUAUGCAUUAAUAUUUGAGCAUAACAGACCUUCGAGGAGCUUUGAAGAACAGUUCUUUGAACAUUGAUUUUUCACAAGGAGCACCAUGGCAUAUUAAAGAUUAAUGUGUUCAGAAAUUAAAAGCAAAACAAAAUUCUCCAAACACGCACACACACCCUUACAAAAAUUUGCCACAAACUUGCUGCACAUUCGCCACUGAUUAUUUUACAUGCAAAUGAGCUUUGCAGGAAACUUGCGGCAAACUCUUUAUAGUUGCCAAAGGGUUGCUGCAGGUUCACCACAACAUUGACAGCAAACCACAAGCUCAUUUGCAUGUGAAAAUAAUGAGUGGCAAAUUUGCGGCAAGUUUGCGGAUAGUUUUCCAGAACUCUAGAUUUUUGUAAGGGCACUCAAACAUACAAAGAAAAUAGCAUUCCUCCAACAGAAAUUAUAUUUUUUGUAAUGAGUUCUGAAAUCACAUUGGUCACUCAUAAACAAAUGUCAGAUGUAAAAAACUACACAACGUGUCCUAACUAGGUGAGACGCUCUACAAGCCAUCUCUUUCAAGUAAAUGGAGUUUAACGAUAUGCAAGAGCGACAGGACAUUUUGUCAGUUGCUUGGUUUCUAUUUCUGAGACGUGACACUGGGUAGCCCCACCCACUGUGAUAGACUCACUGGUCCAAAAAACACAGAGCUGUAUAUUAAUCAUCAAAUAUGUUCUAAUUGGCUGUACUUGUGUGGUUGUUCGUUUUCUGUGUGGACAGACAAAUUACUUGCUAGGACUCAUUUUAAGAUUAUCUGAAAUCAAAGUGAGGAGAAGAGCUACAUUUAGGUGCAUAGAAACAAUUAAUUCAAGCAAUGUGCAAUGUUUAAUUGACCAUAAAUGUCAAGAUGUUUUUUGCAUUUUAUUUUAAUUUGAAUGUUAUAUCUUGCACAAAUUGUUUACUUGCACCUAAACACUACUCUUCUGUUAGUUCUGAUACCUUCAAGAACUAUAUGUUUUAUUUAAAUCCAUAAACAUAUCUUAAAUAGAGUUCUGCCCUGGUUCCGGAAGUAUUUUUCCCAUUCAUGUUUUCUAUAGGAUUUUCGUAAAAAUCUUAAGCCAUGAACCAAGCCAACCAGCUUCUAAGCCAUGAACCAACCAUUUACUUCCAGAACCAGAUUGUUGUACUCUGUAUGUACAUGCUACUAUACAAUGGCCCUAAAAAGAAUGUAGACACUUUCGCCACAUGUAAAAUUAAUGACUUUCUUUGCAUUAGAUUAUAAAAUAUCAAACCAAGUGGCAUCUGCAAACAAAAUUAUGCUUCAUGUUCUCUGAAACAAACAUAACUUCCCAUUCAAUAAGGUAUCUUCGACACCUCGUCAGAAGCUUUGACUUUGAAACCCUAUACCAUUAUGCCAAUUUGUUGGCUGGUGACACGUCCGGCAUUUGGGACCUAGACAGAUGCACAAACAUUGUGGCACAUAAAGUGCCUGGAACUGCUAGCCAUCCUCUUGACUCGUAAAGCCUUUUGAUCAGAUGGAUAGGUGUCUUACGUCCUGAUCCGUUCAGACAGCACAGCCAUUUUGGUGUAAUUGAAUCGCCAAGGAGGAGUACGGUCGAGCCCAACGCUGAAGCUGGCAAACCGAAUUCUUCUUUGGAGAAGGGGAAAUUGAGACUCCACCCCCAGUCAGUUCAGAGAAUUUGGGAGGUAUUUGGGGUAGCCAACGUGUUUGCACCACGGAGACCAUGCAUUGUACUUCUGGUACUCCAUAACAGUGCAAGCUCCUCUAGGCUUGGAUGCCUUAGCUACAUCAAGUAUUGUGCAAGAAACAGGAUGCCAAUGAAGCAGUGUUACUAGUUGUGCUGAAAUGGCCCAACAGCCACUGGCUCCCAGAUAUGGUAGAGCUGCAAGAUGUUUCCCCAUGGGAAAUUCCUUUUGAGGGCAUAUCUGAUCUUGCAGGCUGAGGACACAAACUGGCAUCCUAGGCCAGAGCUAUGGAGGCUGCUUGUACAGCCUCUAAAUGGGGCUCGUUUGACACAAUAGGGCUGUCGCAACCGGUGUUAAGCACUAUACUGCAGGCCAGGGCCCCCUCAACGAGGCAGCUGUAUGCCAUAAAGUGGUCGACUCUUUGCUGAUUGGUGCUCUUUCUGGGGUGAGGACCCAAAGCAUUGCCCUGUGCAGACAAUACUCUCAUUUCUAAUAGCGUUUGGAUGCAGGCCUCACUCCAUCCACUUUCAAAGGAUAUGUUGCUGCCAUAGUGGCUACUCAUGACAUCAUUGAGGGCUUGUUGGUAGGCAAACACCCUCUGGUCAAUAAAGUCUUGCGUGGUGCCAGAUGUCUGAGACCUUCUCACCCCACUACUGUCCCAUUCUAGGACUUAGCACUAGUAUUAGAUGCGCUUACAGUUCCCCGUUUGAGCCACUAGCUUUUGCAUACUCUCACUGAAGAGUGUGCUGUUAUUUGCUUCGGCAUCAGUCAACAUGUUGGGGACCUUCAGGCCCUAUUGGUCAAUGACUCGUGCUUAGAGUUCAGAUCAGGCCAGUCAAAGGAGAGGGUUGUGUGCCCAAAGUACUGGCAACCACCUUUAGGGGAUCAGGUUGUUACCCUGCAGGCAUUAUCUCCUCCCCCUUUUGAGUCAGAUGAGGCUAAGGUCUGCCCUGUUAGGGCAUUUAGCGUUUACAUGAACUGGACGAGUCAAUUCAGGGUAUCAGAACAACUAUUUGGAGGUCACUUAAAGCAUUUAGCCGUCUCCAAGCAAAUAAUUUCCCACUGGUCGUGGAUGCUAUUGCGUACGCUCACAAGGGAUACAAUUUCCCAUGGGCAAAAAAGCUCAUUCUACCAGGAGAAUGGCCUCAUCCAGGGCAUGGGCAAAUGGUGUGUCAAUAAAAGACAUAGUUGGGCUUCCUCUAAACCUUUUCCAGGUUUUACAACCUGCAUGUAUCUUCCCUCCCAAAUAUUCACAGUGGAAGAGGGUUAAUCACUGACUAAUUGGUUAAUAUCUGUAACCCUCCUUCCUUCUAUCCAGGAAGAUGUGUUAAGAUAUCUAGUCUCUAUAGUGUCUCUGUCUUGGCAUGGAGCCGUUGGUUUAUUGUUCCCACUUUCCUUCCUAAUUCUCAAUAUGAAGGGGUGGCUAAAUAAAUGCUUUGACUACACUGCAAUGGCUAGUAAGCAUUUCACAUCAGUGCUACGGCAUUAUGGUAUGCGGCUCCCAUACCGUAAGCUUGUGAUGCAGUCAAGUAACUUUUUUUAAAAAGGAAUGUAUCAGUUACUCACACAAGACACUGCGAAGCUGUGCUGCAGCUACUGAUUUUUCAGUGUUUUGGGAUGAGAGAUCCGCUCUCCUUCCCUUCAUUUGGAAAAUCCUGAUGGUGUAGCGCUGGGCUUCAUCUUAUAUGCCCAUGAUGACAUCAGCAGAGGCAAAGUGCCAAGCGUUACCAGCUAAUCAAAUUGCCAUGAUGGUAUAGGGUUUCAAAGUCAGUGCACCCUAGGGUGCUCCCAUAGCGUCAGCUUCUAACGCAGCAUCUCAUUCCCUCCUUUCAGAGAACUAUGGUUAUGCGAGUAUCCGAGACGUUUUCUGUGCCAUUUUUGCAGUUAAUCAACUGGUGUCAAGGUGAUUUAAGUGGAUGAAUGAAGUCAGUUCUCCUAAAAUUCACACAGGUGUUCUAGCCGAGUUACCACAGGUGGAGUUCAUCACAUUAACUAUGGACAUGUUCCACUAAAGUCUGACAACCACAACAUGUCACAAUACGAUACCUUUUUUUUUUUUUUUUUUUUUUUUUUGCUUGAAAAGAGUACUUGCAUGAACUUUCAUGAAAAUAUUUGCCACUUGCUCAUAGAUUUUGUUAUCUAAUGCAAUGACAUUCAGAUAUUUUUAAGUGUUCCUUAAAGGAAUACAGUAGUUCUACCAAAAACGAAAAUAUUCUCAUCAUUUACUCAACCUAAUGCCAUCCAAGAUGUGUAUGACUGUCUUUCUUCUGCUGAACACAAACUAAGAUUUAAUAUACAGUACUGUAUACAUACCCCCUGCCCAGUAGGUGGCGAUAUGCACAAAGAAUGCAAAUCACCAAGAUUAAUGUGAAAGUGAAAGUAAAUGUGGACAUUUAUUGUAAAACAAAUUUUUAAAAAAAAUUAAAUUAAAAAACAUUCUAAAUCUUUUUCUAAAAAUCUUUGUUUGUGUUCAGCAUUAGAAAAAUAAGUCAUACACAUCUGGAAUGGCAUGAGUGUGAGUAAAUGAUGAGAUAAUUUUCAUUUUUGGGUGACCUAUUCCUUUAAUUGUCCAAAAACAUUCUGGGGUCACUGUAGCACUAACUACACUACUGGUCAAAAGUUUUGAAACACACUCAUUCUUUAUUAUAAUUUUUUUCUUCACAUUUUAGAAUAAUAGUAAAGUCAUCAAAACUAUGGAAUAACAUAAAUGGAUCUAUGGGAAUUAUGUUGUGACUAAACAAAAUCCAGAAUAAAUCAAAACUGUGUUAUAUUUUAGCAUCUUCAAAGUAGUCACCCUUUGCCUAGAAUUUGUAGACAUGUACUCUUGACAUUUUCUCAACCAACUUCUUGAGGUAUCACCCUGGGAUGCUUUUUAAACAGUAUUGAAGGAGUUCCCAUCUAUGUUGGGCACUUAUUGGCUGCUUUUCUUUAUUAUUUGGUCCAAGUCAUCAAUUCCAGAAAAAAUGUUUUUUUUUAAAUUACAUUUUAGAUUAUAAUUAAAUAAAUUAAUAUGGUGGCACAAUUAUAUUUUUGUCUACAAAACUAAUUUCAAACAUUUAAGCAUACGCCUUCAGAUCAAAAGAUUUUUAAGAUAAAGAGAAACAUUUCAGUCAAGUGUUUCAAAACUUUUGACCGGUAGUGCGUGUCUUUAAAAUAAAAAAAUAAAAAAAUAUAAGCAGGGAUAAUAACUUACAUAUGAUAAAAAAAAUAAAUACAUAUGAUUACACUAUGUAACACAAUUUUUGUUCCUGGGUAGUAAGUGUUAUUUCUUAAUUGCUUAU